CCAUGGCAACACUUAAGUGCAGUGUGUUGAGUUGUACAGACGAUUCGUGUGAAAUUUGAAUUUACAGUAACAUGUGUAAGCGAAUUAGUAAAUAUUUGUUAUGGUAUGCACACGAGCAUUCAAAGUUUAGAUUAGCGGAAAUAAACUCUAUAGCAUCAAUGUUUGAUAUUAAAUUAUCGUGGAUUGAAGAACCAUCAGAACAGCCAUUUUGUUUAUUCCAUCUUUCAUCUGAAAGUGAUGCAAGAAAAAUAAUGUCAAGAUGUGUUUUGGGAAAGUAAGUUAUGUUUGCACAAUACUCAAAAUCUGAUCAAUCCUUUAGAAUUCGGAUUGAAAGCUUUGGAAAGAAAUUGAGAAAAGAUGAAAAGUUAGAGAAAAUAGAAGUAUGUGACGGCCAAAGAUCCAUGAUAAAUAAAUUUAACUUAAAACAACGAAAAUUUAUUGGUAAUACUAGUAUGGAUCCAACAUUAUCUUUAAUCAUGGCAAAUAUGGCAAAAAUUAAAAAAAAUGAUCUUGUUUUAGAUCCAUUUGUUGGAUCAGCUAAACCAACUCGAUAUAAACAGAAGAAGAGAGAACCCGAUGAAUGCAUUAAGUCCAAUUUAAAACAGUAUAAUCUCCAAGAUCGUUAUCUAGAUGUUUUAGUUGCUGAUGCUUCUCUACCCUUGUGGCGAAAUCAGUCUUUAAUAGAUGCAGUUAUUACAGAUCCACCUUAUGGAAUUCGGGAAGCAUCUGAACGGAUUGGGACCAAAAAAAAUUAUGUUAUUCCCACUCAUUUAAUUGAUGGUCAUAUUCCGUCAAAAAUAACAUACAGUUUACAAAAUAUAAUUAAAGAUUUGUUGAAUCUAUGCGCAUUUUGUUUAACUUUGGGAGGACGUCUUGUAUAUUGGCUGCCAGUAUUCAAGGAAGAUUUUAAAGAAGACUGUAUUCCAAGCCAUCCUUGCCUUGCAUUGAUCAGUUUUUGUGAACAGGUACUUACCAGUCAUUCGUCCAGAUAUCUUAUAACGAUGGAAAAAAUAUCCGAACCCCAAGUAAGAUUUGUUUACUUAAUGAUUUAUUUAAUAUGUUUUUGCUAAUUUACUAUUAAGAGAAAGCUAUGUAUUAAAU